CAGCCGCAUAGGCUUUCAUGAUCAACUACUAUUGGAAUAAAAUACUAACACACUAGCUGCGCCAUUGGUGAUAUUACGGGCCGGGAUUCAUGAAUAUUAAAGAGACUUUGAUGUUCUUCUUCUUCUUUAUAUUCUUUGGGUGCUUACAUUUACAAACAUCAAUAUCUGCAACCCCAUCACUAGCGUGUGAUCCUUCUAAUGCCUCCACAAGGUCGCUGCGGUUUUGUCAGACAAAGCUGCCGAUACACGUCCGGGUCCGGGACUUGAUCGGGCGGCUGACGUUGCAGGAGAAAAUCAGGCUGCUCGUGAAUAACGCCGCCCCGGUGGAGCGGUUGGGAAUCAAGCGGUACGAGUGGUGGAGCGAGGCGCUACACGGGGUCUCCAAUGUGGGCCCGGGCACCACGUUCGGCGGGGCGUUCCCGGCAGCCACCAGCUUCCCGCAGGUCAUCACCACCGCCGCCUCCUUCAACUCCUCAUUGUGGGAAGCCAUUGGCCGUGCGGUGUCUGAUGAAGCAAGGGCCAUGUAUAAUGGAGGGGCCGCAGGGCUGACAUUUUGGAGUCCAAAUGUGAAUAUACUAAGAGAUCCAAGAUGGGGCAGAAGCCAAGAGACACCAGGAGAGGACCCUCACUUGGUAGCUCAAUAUGCAGUCAGCUAUGUUAAAGGUCUCCAAGGCACUGACAACAAAUACCUGAAACUUGCUGCUUGUUGCAAGCAUUACACUGCUUAUGACCUUGAUGAUUGGAAAGGAAAUGAUCGUUAUCACUUUAAUGCUAAGGUGAGUGCUCAAGACCUAGAAGACACAUAUAAUGUGCCCUUCAAAGCUUGUGUAGUAGAAGGGAAGGUGUCAAGUGUGAUGUGCUCCUACAAUCAAGUUAAUGGAAAACCUACUUGUGCUGAUGCUAAUCUCUUGCGUGGCAUCAUUCGUGAUCAAUGGCACCUUAAUGGAUACAUAGUCUCUGAUUGCGAUUCAGUGGGUGUUAUGUUCGACCAACAACAUUUCACAGACAAGCCUGAAGAUACUAUUGCAGCGACUAUUAAAGCAGGAUUAGAUUUAGAUUGUGGGCCUUUCUUGGCAAUCCACACAGAGCAGGCCAUUCGCACAGGAAAAGUCAGUGAAAUGGACGUCAACAAUGCACUAACUAACACGAUGACGGUCCAGAUGCGAUUAGGGCUCUUUGACGGAAAUCAACAACUGUAUAGCCAUUUGGGUCCAAAAGAUGUGUGCAAUCCAGCCCAUCAACAAUUGGCCCUACAAGCCGCUCAAGAAGGCAUUGUUUUGCUUAAAAAUACUAGACAAUCUCUACCACUAUCUCCCCAACACUACCGAACUAUUGCAGUUAUUGGACCGAAUUCGGAUGCUACUAGCACUAUGAUCGGCAAUUAUGCUGGUGUUCCAUGUGGUUACACAUCACCACUCCAAGGAAUAUCAAGAUAUGCCAAGACAGUUCACCAACCAAGCUGUUUUGGUGUUGCAUGUACUACCAAUCAAAAUUUUGAACUUGCAGAGAUUGCUGCUCGCCAUUCAGAUGCAACCAUCUUAGUGGUUGGGCUUGACCAAUCUAUCGAAAGGGAAGCCAAGGACCGAGUAAGCCUCGUUUUGCCAGGAUUACAACAAGAGCUCGUGUCAAGAGUUGCAAGGGCUUCUAAAGGGCCUACUAUAUUAGUGUUAAUGUCAGGUGGCCCUAUCGAUGUUUUGUUUGCUCGAGAUGAUCCUCGCAUUUCUGCGAUUUUGUGGUGUGGCUAUCCAGGCCAAGCUGGUGGGGCUGCCAUUGCUGAUAUUGUGUUUGGAGCAAUUAAUCCAGGUGGGAAGCUACCAAUGACCUGGUAUCCACAAGAUUAUGUAGAAAAAGUUUCAAUGACAAAUAUGGAAAUGAGAGCUUCAGGAAGGUACCCUGGGAGGACAUAUAGGUUCUACAAGGGAAAUGUGGUAUUCCCAUUUGGGGCUGGAAUUAGCUACACCACAUUUAAGCAGAGCUUAGCACAUGCCCCCACUAGUGUUUCAAUUCCCUUUCUUGUGAAAAGUUCUUUACUUGGUAAUGAAAGAAACAAUAUGACAAUGUUGAAUAAAGAUGUUAAGGUUGCACACACAAGUUGUGACUCUCUCAACAUAGAUCUACACAUUGACGUGAAGAACACUGGCGAAAGAGAUGGCACUCAUACAGUUCUAAUCUUCUCAUCCCCACCCAAUGACAUAAACACAACCCUGCCCGAGAAACAAUUAGUUGCAUUUGAGAAAGUUCAUGUCAUGGCUGGAGCUCAGAAGAAGGCUAUGCUCGUAAUCAACGUGUGUAAGCAUCUAAGUGUUGCCGAUAAAUUCGGGAUUCGAAGAAUUCCAUUCGGAAAGCAUAGCCUUCACAUUGGCAAUGAAUAUCAGCAUUAUUUAUCGUUAGAAUCAACAAUGGAGAUGAUAAAGGUCUAGAACAAGUUAAAGAAUCUUUAGUAUACUAAAAAGGUUGAAUUUUUCCUCUGUUGUUUUGAGCAUAUUACCAUAUGUUUCUCUUAUCCAAAAGAAAGCAUCAAGUGUAAAAAGACAUGAUCCAUUAUUAUAUAGAAAGAUAUAAGUAAGGGCAUUUAAAAUUGUCCUACAAUAUCAAAGAUUAAAGAAAAAUAAAUUUGAAGUUUAUGUAAUUGGGAUCUACACAAAAGUUCCAUAUGUAUUUAUUACUUAUGUAUAUCAUUCUUAAGAAUUAAUGCAAAUUUAAUAAUUUCA